AUGACGGGAGACCAACCGCCAGCAUCCUCCACCUCAGAUUCCGCAAUGUCUCCCCUCCAACUACCACCAAAUCUAAAGUUCGGCCCCUUUUCCGUAGCAGCACAGAUCUUCCACCUCUCGCCUUCUCGUCUUUCCUACGGCCUGGUCAACCUCAAACCCCUGCUUCCAGGCCACAUCCUGAUCUGCCCCGUACGCAGUGUUCCGCGUCUCUCGCAACUCACCAGCGCCGAAACUGCCGAUUUGUUCAACACGGUCCGCCUCGUGUCAAGGACCCUUGAACGCGUGUACCACGCCACUUCUUUCAACGUCGCGGUCCAGGAUGGAGUCGACGCAGGCCAGUCCGUGCCGCAUGUGCAUGUCCAUGUGAUUCCGCGACAGAAAGGAGAUUACGACGACAAGGGUGGUGGCGACAGGGUUUACGAUGCGAUGGAUGGAGAGGAAGGGGAUUUGGGUGCCGCUUUCCUGGAGAUGCGAAGGAUCAGAGACGAAAGGUCGAAAUCGGGAAGGGAGGCCCUGGGCGGGCCAGACAGUACCAGGAAGCCCAGGAGCGAGGACGAGAUGAGGAAGGAGGCGGAGUGGCUGAGGCAGGAGAUUGAAAAGGAUCGUGUGCAGGAUGAGGAUUGA